GAUCGUUGCUCUCAUAGUCAAGCAGAUUGGGAACGCUUAUAUCUACAUGAAUCCCCUACGAUCAGAGGUCCUGAAAUUCUUCAAAUUAUCCAGUUCAUUCCUCACCUCACUCCUCGCCCUCCUUCCUCCUCUCCUUCCUCCCAACCUACUGAGUCCUGACGGUUGGAUCUCUCGGCCCUUUCGACAACUUUCAUUCUCCUCCCUCUCCAACAGUCUCCGUACUACCGUCCACUCUACCCGUGACGUUUACCUGCCACGCUCGCCCUGUUUGGCUCUCCCUUGCGAUACAUCCAGUUGGGCCUGUUUUCGCUGCCCCCGGAGCCUACUUCCGCUGUUCCUUUCCAGGAUCACCCUCCUUACGGGCUGCAUUAGUCUCGUCCGCAUUGUCGGUCUUUGAUUCUCGAUCGGAUUCUGAUUGCGCGAUUGAUUCAAAUAUCACCUGUCGGGCCGUCCCUGCGGUUUCGCGCGCCGGAUUGCUACCUACGAAGUGCCUAAAC